AUCGAAAUUGAUUUCAAUUUUCCACCCCCUUCCCCUCUCCAAACACUGCCAUCUUCCCGCUUUUCCUAUUGAAUGGCGCGAGGUGGUUCGUCGUCUUCAAAGAAAGGCGAAGAAAAUGCUGAGUCCAUGGAGCGGGGGAGACUGAAGAAGCUUGCCUUAAAUAACAGCAUUCUCUCAGAUGCUCCAGCAAAGUUCUUUACGCUUUUAAGUCCAUCGAACCAGGUAAUCAAACACCAUGGCAAAGACAUUCUCAAGAAAUCACAGCGCAAGAAUCGUUUUCUCUUCUCUUUCCCUGGCCUUCUCGCUCCCAUAUCUGGCGGUACGAUCGGGGAACUCAACAAUUUGGGUACCAAGAACCCCGUCCUCUACAUCGAUUUCCCUCAGGGUCGAAUGAAGUUGUUUGGAACAAUUGUGUAUCCGAAGAACAGAUACCUGACCCUGCAGUUCUCUAGAGGAGGAAAAAAUGUUAUGUGUGAGGAUUGCUUUGAUAACAUGGUCGUAUUUUCUGAUGUCUGGUGGAUCGGAAAAAAAGAUGAGAACCCGGAAGAAGCCCAAUUGGACUUCCCAAAGGAACUGAGUGAGGGACAACCAACGGAUUAUGACUUUAAGGGUGGGGCAGGCGUGGUGUCUAAAGGGGUUCCUAAAAUUGCAACCAGAUACACAGAGCAGCAAUCCCCUGAAGCUAAUAAAGAUGAUUUAGAUGAUGAAAAGAAUUUGAAUGAUAAGAUUCAAGAAACACCACUUCGACAGUCUAAGAGAAAUGCUCAGAAAAAAUUCAAAAGUUGAGAUUAAGUUUCUCAAGUAAAUGGAGCUGGCAACUCAUUGGUGAAAGUUUCAAAUAUAUAGACCACUGCUCAUUGCCAUCUGGUCUUCAUAGUUCUACAACUCCUUUCUCUGGACCACUCUCUUCGUCCAAGCAGAUGCCUCCUCUAGUGCUCUCUCAGGAGUCCAUCACACUCACCUCCCUCAUGAUUAAUCCAAAAUUGAUAAGGAA